AUGGCAAGGCGUUGCACGUGGAAGAGGCUGACGCGGGAGAGACUCAACAAGAAGUUUUCAGAGCAACCCUUGCCCAAGGUCCAAGAAAAGGAGGACAUUAAAGAAGCUGCUCCUCCUCCUUCGAUGCCACCUACUACUUCGAAUGCAAGAGACGAUAUUCCCCCUCCACGCGCAAUAUUUGUUAUUGAGAAUGCCUCCCUCAAAAAGGGCUAUGUCGGAAAGAAGUGGAAGCUUUUGAAUUCUGAUGAAGAUGAUAGUUUCCUAAGGAAACAACGGAAGAACCUCGAUGAUUAUCGGCCUGAUAUUGUUCUAGAGGUUCUCAAAGAAAUCUUCGCUACUCGGCUUAACGAUAACGAUAGGGUAAGAGCCAUCUUUGUGAAAACUGACGACGGGCUUCUCUUCCAUGUCAAACCACACUUGGGGGGUUUCAUGCCUUUGUUUUAUUCUUUGGAGUUGAAUGUUUGGGGUACCAAAUUAAAGCAUAGCAUUGCUGGAAUUAAUGCAGGACUCUCUUACAAUGCAGAAAAAGUAAUGGAUAUAAAUGAUUAUCUUUCGACUAUGGCUGAUGAUGUAACUCCUGUUUUCGUGGUGGGUGCAAUGGUUCGUGGGAAAGUUAACAAGACUGGUACAGAUAAUUACGUUUCAAGAUCAUAUACUUGCUAUAGCUCGGAAAUGUAUAAUGUUUUUGCUGCUGAUCAAGGCAAGCUGUGGUUUGUUGUUGCAGUUUCUAAUUAUCCAUUGAGUGCGGCGUACAGUACAGCAUUGGUCUGCAUAGCACUGGCAAACAAGUGGGAGCUCCACUAG